CACAAUCGACUCAUUUAAAUAUGCAUUCCGUGUGAGCCUGGGACUUGGCGAUGCCUUUACUUUCCCCAUAACGCUAUGUACUAGCUCCCAUUCAUUUGUAGGCCUAAACUAAACUACAUACUGAAUACCAUUAGGGUUUACGGAAUGGGACCAAGAAGACGGUAGCGCCUCAAAACGACCACACUCGCGCCGAGGUCCAUUUGAAUCCGGAGAAAAAACUUGGAGGAACGAAGAUACUCCCGAACUUCUUCGAAUCGGCCAGACCAGCGAUGGUGAACAGCAGGGUGGUCGAGGCUCCCGCCGUAGCGGUGAUGGGCGGCGGUGGGGGCGGAGGCGUCGGCGUCGGCGGUGGAGGAGGCGGCGGCGGCGGCGGAGGCGGCGGCGCGGUCGUGGCCAGGAGGCUUUGCGGUGGCUGCGGGGACCGCAUCGCCGACCGCUUCAUGCUCUUCUCCAUGGAGCGCUACUGGCACACGCGCUGCCUGAAGUGCUCCUGCUGCCACGCCCAGCUGGGGGAGUACAGCAGCACCUGCUACAGCAAGGGGGGCAUGAUCCUCUGCAAGAACGACUACAUCAGGCUCUUCGGACACAGCGGUGCAUGCAGUGCUUGUGGCCAGACGAUCCCAGCCAGUGAGAUGGUGAUGCGGGCGCAGGGCAAUGUUUACCACGUUAAGUGUUUCACCUGUGCUACCUGUAGAAACCGGUUGAUGCCCGGGGACCGCUUCCACUACAUCAACGGAACCAUCUUCUGUGAACACGACCGGCCCGGGGGGGGGCUGCUCAGCCACCCCACCUCCCUGAUGCCAGACCAGAAGGUGGGGGCAGGAGGAGGAGGAGGAGGAGGAGGAAGGGCUCCUGACAGGCACACACAUUUUGGCUGUGAAACAAUUUCAUUAAAGUGCCAUGGAAGUGUGCUGAGGAGAUGAAGAAGAGAAAAAACCAAACACGUGCCUUACCCCCACCCGGCCCGGCCCCUCCCCCUCUCCAGCCACCCCCACCCCCCCCCCCCCAGUGUCUCCUUCCCUGACGUCACCGCGGUGGACUUCCUGAACCCCGCGAGACUCUGGAGCGAUCGCCAUGGCAGCCAGGACACCGCUUCACCCGGUGGGAUGAAGCUUUGGACCAUGUGUACCGGUUCUUAUACAUACAGCACACUCGAACCUGGGGGAGGAGCUACGGACAGACCGACCACCCUGAAAGACUGUCGCAGCCCAGCGACAAGACGAACCACAGAUUCAUUCAUUCAUUCAUUCACGGAACGCGUUCUAAUGACUCUUAGGAUCGGGAUCAUCGUCGGUGGCCGUCGAAUCACGAAGAAGUGCAGAAGGCACCAUCGCUAAGCUAAGAGGAUCAAUACGAGAACACGUGUAUUCACAGAACAACACCGUGGGCGGUGUAUCUUGUGAUGUUAUUAACUGUUGAAUGUUUCCUUACGCUGCUGCAAGGAACAUUUAAAACAGCCUGUUAUGACAGAAGGAGAAAUGUUAUCAUCAAACAUAUAUAUAUAUAAAUAUAUAUAUAAGAUGUCAGGAGGAAUAUGUCUGGAUUUUAACAUUGUGGAACAUAUACGACCGUAUUCGUGUGUCAUCAUAAUGACAGGUUUCAUUUUUCACAUAACUUCUCCUGAUGGUUUAUCUUUUUAUGUCAUUGUUUUGGAGAACAUUUACUUCAGAAGUCUGCAGUCCGUGAGCUACGUUCGUCCAACGGAGGGCAGUCCAUAGCAACAGCGUAACCACAGCGUAUGUCGUGUGACGACACACGCCGAUGAUCUUAUCCUCCUGUUUGUGUUAGUAAGGUGAUGGUAUGGUGGGACCUGUCAGGGCAACGCUUCUCAGUGGCGGAGGGAUGGAGGCAUUUUUAGGGCUUUUCUUUUCAAAAUCUUGCGUCCUUCUGCUCUUUUCUGCUCCCUUUCUCUUUACAACACUCAAAUCUCAGCUAAAGCUGAUAAAAUAAAGGUGUGCAGUAGUGCUUAAAAGUGAUUUUGGUUUUAAAGAAAGGAGAUUCUAAUGGCAGAACUGAUCACAUGAACAUAAUGUUGGUAUUUGUGCGUGUGCUAUGUUGUUAAGGAAUGUCUGUGUCGUUACGUUCUGCAUUUUUAUCGGCUCCAAAGCCCGUCGUUCCAAUGCUAAACAUUUGAGAGAGAGAGCGUAAAAACAAAGCGUUUGCCAAAAUAAUGUUUAAUGUGCCAUUCACCUGUGUCUUUCCUGUUAGCGAGUUUAGAGGGAUUUAACAGUUGCCGUUGGUGUCUCUAUCAUCUGAAUAACUCCUAAAAAAGGAUUGACGAUGACAUUAAUUCAUUUUGUUGUAAUUAUUUAAAUAUUUAUUUAAAAAGCGACAAAUACAGCGUUGAAUGCAGACAAUGUUGCCGGUGAAACACAGUGUUCUCAUCUGACGUUUCAAUCUGUUUGCUUAUGAAUCAAAAGGAUCCGUGUGAAAUAUGGGAGAAUGGAGAGUUUGACGCCAGUUGUCUGCUUGGCAAAUGCCAUCCGUUUUUUCUAAAUUUCUCAACCUUAUUGGAUUUCCUUUUGGAUGCACACUGUCAAAACAAUUAUGAACGAGAAAUUCAACUGAACAAUCAUACAAAGCCUGUUUGAUCUUAUAACAUUAAAUUACAAUGACAUUAUGAAAUAAAUUAAAGGGAUCAGCAUGGUCUCUUUAUGUUUUCUUUGGUUCCAUUAUAAAAAAAUGCAAACGUGCCAAGUGCAACCAUUUACAAUAAGCUCAUUCUCAUCUGGCCUCCGUCCAACGUAAACACAUAUUCUUCAAUAAGCCACACAUUUGUGAAGUAAUUUUCUCGUAUCAAUUUCUCACGCCGUUGUCCACUUCAAUAAUCACAUGACAUGGUCCGUAUCUUCCGGUUAGACUUCUUGAUGACGCUGCUUCUACCAGCAGCUGCUAUGCGGUCAGUCAUAGCAAAACCCUGUUCCUAGCAGCUUAAUAUCUCCCGAUUAUUGAUGUUAAAUAGUGGUGAUGGUGGUUGGAUUACCUAUAUUGGGUUAGUUGUUUGUGUGAUCCUGAAGUGUAUGACCCACCUUAAGGUCACUAUGACCCCUGUGACCUCUUGUGCCUAUCUGUUUCAAUGGUGUGGUCUAUUUUGUGCCAUGAUUUUGUUUUUGUUUUGUUUUGGGUGUUUCUUUUGUUGCCUUAGCAAUUUUGUUUUACACUGUGCUGGAAAGUACAUAAAGUAAAGUCAAUAAAUAUAGUAUUAUUAA